AUGGCUUUCUACUUUGCUCUCCUAAACGUAUCGGCAAAACGAGAAGAUCGUCCAAAUCCACCUCCACUUCACAAGCAGAAACGGCGGCGGCACAGCAUCGCUUCAGUCGAAAGUCCAGUUCUCGAUUAUCGGUUAUUACCAAGGCCUCAAGUCGUCAGAAAUCAGUUUUACCGUGACGAUCAACCAGAUGACGAUCAGAAUGAUGAUGGCAGGCAGCAACAAAGACAGAAUCGCACCUCCCAUAAUCCAGAACAGAAUCGCAGUGCAUCAUCUUCACGUCAGAAUGCGGCCACAACUAGCCAAACAACUCGCGAUCACACUUCAAGGAAAGGCGGGGGCUCCCGAAGCGCUAAGGAGCGACCGCAGUCGAGGUCAGCAAAAAAUGCAGAAGCAGCUUCUGGCGCCGGCAAAAAACUGAAAGUGAGGCAGAAUAGCGAAGGUGCAGUUCUGCACGAGCGGCGGGAACGCCAACAACGGCUUGCUGAACAGGCAGCGCUGAAGCGGGAGUUCGAGGAAAUGCAGGUCGCUACGUCAUCUAGAAGGGAGCAGCCGGAAAGGGAACCCGUGUACAAAAUCAGAAUGAACGGGUCCACAGAACGAGCUCCUGCAAAAGUGGUUGAAACGCCGAGCAAACCGCCAGCGAAGCAGGAAUACAACUGGAGGGCGAAACGACCGAUCGUAGUGAAGCGACGAGUGUCCCCACAGGAAAGUUCGACAAGCGACAGUCGACGAUCGAGCAACCAGAGCAACAAUCGCAGCCCAAUGAAUGACAGUCUGGCCUCAACAAAUUCUUCUCGUCGAACGAGCGAAGCAGUCCAACCAGCACCAGUCCCAUCGCCUUGCUCACCUUGCCAUAUUGAAGUGGAACCACACAAGGUGUCUAACAUCUCGAUGCCUUCAAAGCUUUCUGACAUCCCAAGAUCUGCCACUUUGAAAAAGGUGACGUUCGAGAAUGACAACUCCGAGUAUGUGGUCAGCAGCGCUUUUUUAGGCGAUCGCAGAGUGCUGGUUCGUCGCGGCAGUGGCUCUGCGGUGCUUCGGCGGUCGAUCGCCCAGCAACUGUCACCGUCUACAGUCCCAACCACCACACUUCUUCCGUUCGCUCAAGGAACCGCAGCGCUAGCAGGUCUCGCUUAUGGCGCUGCAUUGUGGGCACCAUUUUCCGGGGAAAAAGAAGUCACUCCCGAUCGGCAGAACGUAACCAACGAUGCCAUCGAAGAGACGUCUAGGCGGAGCCGCUCGCGUGGGCUUUUGCGACGUCGAUCUACGUCGGACAGGCAGGUCGUGUAUGGAUUUCAGAACCAAGGAUUUCGGUUCGUCGAUGAUGGAACACCUCAGUGUGAGAUUGCAAGAACUCCCUCUGGGGCCACUCUGGUUCCAUUUGCCGGAUAAAACAUCUACGAUGUCAACGAAUCUGCUACUUUCUCGACCGUAUUCCGCUUUCCGUCUGUGAUGAAAAAUUCGAAUGCUUGUGAAUAAUGUGAAUAAAUAAAUGUUAAUCUGUU